CCCGACUGUGUAAUUACAAUCCCUGUUAGCGAUGUAUUUUACGAUCCAGCUGUUCCCGCAAUCGGAUAUACUCCGUUACCUCCUCCUGCAGCAUUGAUGAAUGCAGUUUUUACAAUCGAUUUAUAUGAAAUUCAGCAAAUGGUCAGGCAAAAUAAAAACCAUAAGACAUCAUAA